AUGCGAAGGUGUAAAGAUAUCAGAAGAUGGUAUGUUGGCACUAUUGAGGACCGGGGAGGGGGACAUGAGGAAGGUCCUUAAUACCCUCCAAAGCUGUACACUCAGCUACCCUUCUCAUACAGUCGAUGCCAAUAUUAUACAUAAAGUAGCGGGGCUACCUGAGACCUCAACUAUCGAUAGGUUAGAAGCGGUAUUGUGUCAAAAGCCGCUGAGGGAAGGGAUGAUGGUGAUAGAGGAGCUGCGGGUGAAACAUGGUUACAGCGUGGCAGACCUCCUACGUGAGAUCCACGACCGUAUGGUGACUGUUGACAUGCCUCCGAGGGCGCGCAACCUCCUCUUCAGGGAUCUUGCUGAGAUCGAAUACCGCCUAAGUAGUGGGUGCAGCGAGAAGGUCCAGGGGGCCGCUCUGGUGGGCUCCUUCCACGAAAUUCGAGAGAUGAUGGUUGCCAAGUAG